UCGGGCCCCCCGGGAACGACGCGAGCAUGGAGAAGUCGAGUAGCGAGGAUUCUUCGAUCCACCGGAGUCCAUCUUUGGACAGCAAGGACUCGGACUUUGCCAAGCCGUCCACUUCGGGCCGCCCGUUCGGCCGCGGCUUCACCGCCGGCGCCUUCUACGGCACGGCGGGCUCCCGGGGCCAGAGCCGCGCCGAGGCCGGCGUGAAGAGCGACAAGUACAAUGCACCCAAAGGCAGCAAGUACGUGGUGUUUUACCUGGACCUCUCCUUUGUUUUCCUCCUAGAAUUUAAAAAGUGCAACAUGGCCAGGGGCUGCCUCUGCUGCUUGAAGUACAUGAUGUUCCUCUUCAAUUUGAUAUUCUGGCUCUGUGGCUGUGGGCUGCUUGGAGUGGGCAUCUGGCUCUCCGUGUCGCAGGGCAACUUCGCCACGUUCUCCCCCAGCUUCCCCUCGCUGUCUGCUGCCAACCUGGUCAUCGCCAUAGGCACCAUUGUCAUGGUGACCGGCUUCCUCGGCUGCCUGGGCGCCAUCAAGGAGAACAAGUGCCUCCUGCUCAGUUUUUUCAUCAUUCUGUUGGUCAUCCUCCUAGCAGAGCUGAUCUUACUGAUCCUGUUUUUUGUCUACAUGGACAAGGUGAAUGAGAAUGCCCAGAAGGACCUGAAGGAGGGCCUGCUGCUGUACAACACGGAGAACAACGUGGGGCUCAAGAACGCCUGGAACAUCAUCCAGGCUGAGAUGCAGUGCUGCGGUGUCACUGACUACACGGACUGGUUCCCCGUGCUGGGGGAGAACAUGGUUCCAGACCGCUGCUGCAUGGAGAACUCCCAGGGCUGUGGUCGGAAUACCACCAACCCCCUGUGGAAAACGGGCUGCUACGAGAAGGUGAAGAUGUGGUUUGAUGACCACAAGCACGUGCUCGGCACGGUGGGAAUGUGCAUCCUUAUCAUGCAGAUUCUGGGCAUGGCCUUCUCCAUGACCCUCUUCCAACACAUCCACCGGACGGGGAAGAAAUACGACGCGUGAGCGGCGGCAGGGCGCGCCCCAGCCCCCCAGCCAGACACUGCCCGAGGGAAGAAGAUUUGAGCUUUGUGUUGGCUGCCCGCAUUCUCCAGACUGCUGACCCCUGCACCCACCUCCCCGCUGCCUGCCCUCCCCGCUCCCUGCCCACCCACCCGGCUGGCCUGAGACUUCCCAUGAUGGAGGACAGGGAGGAGGAGGCGAGCAGAGACCUCGGGAGCCGGGGCGCCGCACUUACCCCCCUGCAUCAGUGUAUUUGCCAAAGAAGACAGGGUGGGCUGGGGCCAGCCGGAGGAGGGAUGCCCCCUGGCACUGGCGAGUUUCUGCCCCUGCCCCUCCUCACACUGACACGGUCCCUCCAGGUGGAGAGACUGCCCCUGCAGACCCCCUUGCUGCCCAUGCCACCCCAUGUGGAUGUGCAGGGGCUGGUGGGGUGUGUGUAUGUGUGUGGUGGGGGCCCUGCCCAGGCCAGACCAGACCCCUGGGAGCAUCUUGCCCAGGCUUUUUAUACCUUAUCCAGUAUAACUUUUUUAUUUUAAUUUACUCCGAUUAUGAUUAUUCGGGAAUAUUAUCUCACAGAUACGUUUAGGGUUAGCUUUCUGAUUUAUAACUUUUUACUGCAUCGAUUUCUUUAAUGGUUUGGUUUUGUGACCCCCCUCGGGUUGGGGGGUGGGGUGGGUGGGGAGAGAGGACACUGCCCAGUUGCCAUCAGGACAAACCACUGUGCCACACUCAGGAGGCCUUCGGGUGAGACUGCCAGGCCUUUGCUGCUUUGCUCCUGUGCUCCGAUGCCCUGAGGAGGAGCAGCGUGUGCUUGGACGGAGGGUCCUGGCUGAGGAUGGUGCUCCCUGCCCCGGCGCCUGGGACUCUGUGCUGGGGUGGAAGGGCCUGGAAGAGCCGCUGAAGUUGCAGGCAGAGCAAGGAAGAGGAUGCCGCUCGGAGCAGUGCCUUUGCCGGGGAUGCCGCCAGACUGCGAGGGUCCUUCCACUUCUGUCGACAUACCUCCCUUCUCCUGCCCUCUGCAGCCCCGGGGGCUCCCCUUCCUUCUGUCCUGUGGGCAGCCCGGCGCCCGGUCCUGCACACCGUUUCUCUCACAGACAUUCCUGCUAGAAACUCAGACAAAUACCUCUCUAGUUCAGAUGCUGCUCACUUCUUACAUUGCUCCUGGAAGGGGAAGCAGCCCUUGGUGUCCGCUGCUCGGACGGUGGCAGAGGACCGGUGGCCACCAGGAGGCCGUCCCAGCCAGAACCACGUUCGCUGCCUGAUUGCCCUGCUGGGGAGAGGGGAGCCAGCUGCCCAUCGGGUCUUAGGACCCUCAUCUCAGAGCUCAGCCAGCUCAGUGGUGGGGCCUUGGGGAGCAGGAGGGACCUCCCGGAUCGGCGACAGAGCAGUCAGACUGGAUCUUGUUACAGCUGGCCCAUGGCCUGAAGUCCUGGUGUGCGGCGUAGGGCGGGGCGACCGGCUGCAGGAUGAUCUGACCUCAGCUGGCAUUGGAGAACAUCGUUUGCAGUUAAAGUCGGUCAAGAAUCCAUGAGACUAGGCUAGAAAAUGCUUACCCCCUGCUAGCCCCAGGCUGGUGGGGCCCCUGUGUGUGCAGCAGUCUUGUACCUCUUAAGAGUUAGCCCUUGACUGGCAUUUCCUGCUGGGGAUGGGUUUCUUCUCCAUCAUCCUGUUCUAAGAUCCAAGCCAGGGCCUCUCCGUAAGUCAUCUCUUCACCUUAAUACCAUGCCCACCGGGACCAGGAGAAUUGGACUUUGGGGUGUGUUUUAGGAUUCAUGCUUUUUUUUUGCGGGGUGGUCAAGGUGAAGGUGGAGAGCAGGGCCGUCUCAGAGAGCUGGGCAGCACCCAGGCCACUUCCCAUCAGCCAGGAAGGAGGUUCCAGGUGGCGGCAGUAAGACACAGCUGCCUUCCUCCCUCUCCGGCCGUCUUCCUGGCCAGGCGAAGCUUCCGCUGCCUGCCGGCCAGGAGCCCCAAACCAAGGAGCAUGGAGCAGACAGCUGCAGAGACAUGGGGCAAAUGCCUUCAGGCGGCUCUGUGGGGCCUGGGACAGUUUUUCUGCUGGGGGUGGGGAAGAGUGGGUUUGUUUAUGCCUACCAAUGCAAUUUUUCUCAUUUUUAUUAAAUUCAACAGCAAACACCUAGUGCAGUGGGAGCCGGCUGGCCCCCAGCAUCCUCUGGCCCUGGCGCCUCUGCUACAGCCCCUUCCUUCCCCACCAGACCCCACCCUUAGCCCUUCCCAUAGGUCUCCACACUGCUUUCUCCACCUCGGCUCUGGGCUUGGCUGCCACCGGGCUGAGUCUACACUGCGCCCAGGUCUCUGCGGAGUCCCCCAGGCCAUGCAGGAAGGCUGACCUGAGGGGCCAGCGAUCAGCGCCUUCCCAGCUGCGCCUGACUUGGGUCUCCCCACCCUCUGCUCCUCCUGCUCAAGCCUCCUUCCAGCAGGCCCCACACAAGCAGUGGGAUGGCUCGACCCGGAAGUCCCCAGCAUCUUGAGGUGGCGGAAGGGAGGCCGGGUGCAGACUCACCCUUCUGCUGCCUGUGGUUGUCACAGAGGGUGUGGGGGCAGGCCCGAGGACUGCCCCGUUCAGAGAGUGGGCUGCAGGGACUGGGCACAAGUCUCUGCUCACUGCCCCUCACCCGCAGCUGCUCCUCUGCUGCCCGGCCCCACCCGUCAGCAGGGUGGGGGGGCCUGUGUCAUGGCGCUCAGGCUGGGACAGCUGCCACCACGCCCCAGACCACAGGCCCCCUUGCAGACACUCUGACUUGGGACGAGGUGGCCAUCCAUCCUUGCUUUGAUGGCCCAAGAGCAAUCCAAGCGGUGGAAGUAGCUAUGCCCUCCUUUCCAGCUCCCCUGCCCACCCACUGGUGGAGGUGCUAUCUAGCAGGGACUUGGUAUAGGAUGGGAGCUGGGUGCUCCGGGCCAUUCCUUGUCCGUGCUUCAGUCCUUCCAGCCCCUUCACCCCGCCCCACCCCGCCCCCAGUUCACACCAUCCAUUUCUCCCUCAUGCAGGGAUGCAUCCGGGAGACCUCUGCCCAGCCACCCCUGGGGCAGGUUGGGACAGCUUGCCUGUGGGUUUCACAUGCACUUUUCUGCUUGCAGUGCCACUCCCUGCGCCACCUCCGUCCUGGUCCCGGCUUACUUAACACCAUGUUUUUAGCAUGUUUUUAAGUAAAAACCGAUAAUGUGUCAAAAGCA